UGCUUCUCCCCGAAGCGACAAUAUUAAACAUAUUGGGUUUACGGGGAAAAUCUCCAAUAUUCUUGAAACCUCCUCGUCUGGUCUGAAGCUAUCUCAAGAACGAGGAACGCCGGCCAAACUUACGAAAGUAUCGACAUCCCACCCCCCCCAACAGAAGAAAUGAUUGAACCCAUCAGAACCGUUCUCGUCCCUCAUCUGGGGGGUAUCAAGGUCGGGUAUCGAGUAUCCGAGCCUGUGUUGGACCCGGCCAAGCCUGUCGUUGUCAUGUUCAAUCCUUUCACGACAACUGCGGAAUACUACUUGCCCGAGUUCAAAAAUAAGGCUUUGCGAGACUCACUCAACCUUGUUGCUAUUGAGCCUCUCGGCCAUGGACAGACUCGACUUAUGAAGACCGAGUCCUUCACGUACUGGGACUCUGCCAUCAUGGCCUUCCAAGUUUUAGAUACCCUGGGCAUUGACAAGGUGUUUGCUCUCGGGACAUCGCAAGGAGGAUGGAUUGCGGCUAGAAUGGCUCUACUAGCUCCAGAAAGGGUAAAGGGUAUCAUCGCUCUGGGUUCAUCAAUGGAUGCAGAAACAGCCAAGAGCCGCGAGCUCGGAUGCUGGGAUGGUCCCGCUGCAUGCUCCGGGCUGGUGACUCUAGCAGGGAAUCUCGCACCGGCGCAUGACUUUGAGCCUGGUGAUUCUUACUAUGAUUUUCUCAUGGAAAUUGGCUACGGCAAAGCCAUCGACAAAGAGAUGCGCGACUUUUGGGCGAGGACUAUUCGGGAGACCUACCACGGCGAUAAGGGCAAGCGGAGGAUUUGCAUGGCAGCUGUGGCCCUAGCAGGACGAGAUGGCCUGCACGAGCGUUUGUCGCUUGUCAAGUGCCCCGUGCUGUGGAUGCAGGGAACCGACGAUGUGGUGUUCAGCUUCAGACAGGCCGAGGAGGAUAUCAAGCUCUUCAUUAAUUCUGCCAGUACAAAGCUGGUCCGAUGCGAAGGGGGCGUCCAUUUUCUAGGAAGGACGCACCCAGAGAAAAUCCAGCAAGAGUUACUUGAGUUUGUUUUCGCGUGGAAUGGGCGCGGAAAAUCGGUACUUUGAAUCCAGACCAUGUUUGGCACCAGCCAUAGCCAUGCUGUAAGCUUGCGGUGAUCGACUGAACAUACAUGUGACGAGGCAACGAGCACUGAGCAUCCUCGAUGCUUCGAACCCCUCGGUUGGUAGAGUAGCCAACAGGCGAUCCGUCCUCUCUUUGACUUUCCCUUGCAACUGAUAACAACCUGUCUCACCACACGGUCGUGAGCCGUUG